UUAUUAAAUUGGCUUCAAACGCCAACUUUCAACAGUUGUGAAGCUAACGCGUUCUGGUCAAGUCACCCUCACUAUCGAUACUAAAAGUGAAAUGUUGUUUAUAUUAUUACUGCUGGCAUUGCUGGCUACUGCCCAGGCGGAUACAUUGGUGCAGCUCCACGUCAAUCGUCCCUACAACGAUGUCAGCGAGAAGUUUGUCAGUUUCGCGGUCAAGCCCGAGGAUAUGUACGAUGCGCUGGAUGGCAAGAAUCGCAAGGCAGUGACCAGCAUGGCAGCUCUGCUCGGAGAUGCCUAUGUCAAGUUCACUGGCGAUUUCUAUUUUGCCACCAAUGCGCCAACGCGUUUGCGCAAUCCCACCAAGAUCAUCUGGAAGGGCUUCAAUCGUUGGACGCGCGCUGUCAACUGGACCAUGAUUAUUCCCGUGCCCUAUGCACCAGAUGAAUGGGAUUCCAUGCAUACGCUGAAGAUACUCAACACAUCUUAUAUGGUGGGUAUAACCGACUGCAUCUGGCAACUGGGCACUGACUUUGGCACAUCGAGAGCUAAGGAUUAUGUGCAGGAGCUGAGCACGCUGAAGCUGAUGACCGACACUUUCAGUCCCUAUGUGGAUAGCUGGCUGGUGAUGGGUGCAGAUAUCUCGGCUGGCAGCAGCGCAGAGGAGACGCGCAAAUAUGUUGACAUGUCCAAGGACUUGAAUGCCGCCUUUGGCUGGACGCAACCCGCCAACAUGCUGCCUGCCACCAGUUUUGGCAGCUACAUAUACGACAGCGAUCCGGCUUUGAAGACGCUGCAACAACAACGUGUGCCUUUGUGGCUGACGCUUCCCGAGGAACGUUCGUCUUCGCAGUCGAUUAGCAAGCGAUUGAUGGGUGAUGAGACCACGGAUGCGCUGCGCUGGGCACAGACGUUAGGCGACGCAGCGAGCAGCGGCUUCGAUGUAAUCUUCAAGCGCAUGUCACUGCAGGACUUUGAGCGUCCUAACUUUAGCUACUACGUGACGGCGCUCUUUAAGAAGGUUAUGGGUUCUAGAGUGUUUCCGGCGCGUCCGCUCAAUGUGUUUGCGCCUAGCAAUAAGUUGUAUACGCAUUGCGCGAAUGCUGUGUCUGGAGGAUUGGCAUUCAUGGUGGUCAACACUGAGGAACAGCCCACAACGAUUACGGUGCGCAGCUUAAGUCGUCUCUCCAGCAGCGAGAUCUGGGAGUAUGUGCUGACUGCCGACGAUGGUCGCGUACGUCUGAACAACCAGAAACUCUCACUUAAUCACACAAUGCUGCGUCCGCUGGUCAAGCCUAAAGAUGCGAGCAAGGCGUUGCAGCUGAUCACGCCCAGCAUGUCUGUUGGCUUCUGGGUACUGCCAAGCGUCAAUCUGGAACAUUGCCAGUUCACCGAAAUGGAGACGGAUGACCUUAAAGGGGAGAGCUCAGCGGAGAGUCGUCGUUCAAAUGGUUACAGCUCUGCUGAUCGGCUGCUGCAGCGUCUUAUUGAGGAGACGGCGGUGGCGCGAGGAUCGAUACAGAGUACCAUCAAUCGCCAGCGUCGCUUUGUGCUCGACAAUCAGGAGACGGCGGCGUCGACUAGCACGCUUCUCGGCAAGUUGCUGCAGCCGUUUAAUCGGCCGCAGGAGAAGACAACGCAGGUGGCGAAUGUAAAGCGACAAACAGCAACCAAGAGCAGCAGUAAAUCCAAAACCAGAUCGCAAUCGGUACGUCCAUUUGAGGCCAUGACCUGGUUGAGGCAAGUCACAGAACAGAGCAGAAACGUGGCGCAACGACAGCGACGCAGCCGACGUAGUCCGGGAGAUUAUAGUGGUCCCUACUUCUACAACAGGCAGGGCAAGAAGACGACGUUGACCAAAAAGAUAACCGAGAUACGCAAACCGGAGCGAAAGAUUAAACCGCUUUUUGAUCUGGCUGAGUUCGAUGAGGAGGAGUUCUUUAAGAAACUCGGCGAGCAACCGGAGCCGCCACCAUAUUCUCGGCUCCCCGAGGGCGAUGUGCAUCUCAAGCACAUUGAAACUCCCGAUGGCGAAGAGAGUGAGAUGCAACCGGAAGCAGAGCCAGUUACUUUUGUGAAGAAACGUCGACCCAUUGUCAGGAAACCACUGAAAAUUGUGCAACGUUCGCAGGAGGAAAGCGUGGAGGAUCUGCAGGAUGCGCCUAAGGAGCAGGAGCGCAGUAAGCUGCGUCUACUACCCACAGAGUUCUUCGAAGCUUUACCAGCACCCGUGCCUAAGCACACUAAACGUCUUAAUCUGGGCGCCACACUCAACUCGCUGUUAUUUCCCGAACCAUUCUCCACCAAGGGAUCCAUUAGUAAGAGCAAGAGCAAAUCGCAUGAAAAACUAGAGGCAGAUACCGAGGCCGAAGUGGAAUCAGAUGUGGAACCCGUCAAAGGCGAAGGCAACAAGAAGCGUUCAACCAAAGGAGCUCAUGCGGCAACAGACUUUCUGCAAGCGCAGCGCGAACUAGGCAAGCAUUUCCUCAGUCAUAUCAACGAACAUGAACAGGAGCUGCCGGUGCCAGAGGAACAUUCUCAGGAAGUACAUCUUAAGCCUCGUGUGUCUCCUAAACAACUGCAAAGAGAUGACCUCGAAGAAGAUUACUUUGGUGCCAAACGGCGGGCCCCGAUUCCGGCACCCAAGCGACUAUCUAAGCCAAUUCAGGACGACAGCAUCACUUCUUGGUGGGAUUUGCCAGCGCUGCGACGACGUCGUGAUCUGCCGUUUAACUAUGCUGACGAAGGACUGCGGUCCAAUGCCAUCGACAAGGAUGAUCAAAAAGAGUUUUUGCCCCUGGGUCGAUAUUCGUUCUACGAGUACAAAGUCGAUUUGCCAACAGUGAAACCCUCAACAAAACCCAUCGAUUCGGAUUCCGAAUCCGAGGUGAUGAAGAUCAGCAGCAAAAGAUCACCAACAACAUGUCGUAAGGUCUCACUGUCGGACAGCAUUGUGAAAACAGUGAAGACCAAGGUGUCUAAGUUCAUGAGCAUCAUCUCGAGACACGUCAACGAAUGGUACAACACUUUGACCAAACACUUGGAGACAGAUGCUGAAAAAUCCCGCAAGAAGGCCAAAAUGCCAUAUAGAUAGGAAGUAUAACUAUAGCAAAGUCUUUUCACUUUUCAUUUUAGUAAUAAGUAGAUUGUGUUCAUCAGACACUCGAUGUAAAUAUGUACCAUAUUUAUGUACAAUAA